AAAGUAUUUAGUUAUCGACAAUAAUCGUAAUAUCAAUUGUCUACAAUUCUUACCAUCCUGUUCAGUAAUUUUCCAUUUCGUAAUUGAUGCACGAGGUCAUUCACUGGGUCCCACACUCCACUUCUACAAUUCGUGAUAUUUAUUGAGUGCGUCGGCUGGUGAGACAUGCAGCAUUGCCUCUUCCUCAGUAAAAAGAAAAGAAAAUGGAAACAGCUGAGCUGAUACUUAUCCCGUUGCCGGAGACCGGCCACCUCCUGUCGUCGAUCGAGUUCGGGAAGCGUCUGAUGGAUCUGGACCGCCGGAUCUGCGCCAUCACCAUCCUCUCCAUGAAGCUCCCUUACGCUCCUCACGCCUACGCUUCCAUGGCGGCUCUCACUGCCUCAGAGCCUCGCAUUCGACUCAUCAGCUUGCCUGAGAUUCACGACCCGCCUCCAAUUAAGCUUCUCGAAACUUCCUCCGAAGCUUACAUCUACGACUUCAUUCAGAAAAACAUACCCUCUCUCAGAAAAACCCUCACAGAUUUAGUUGUCUCCCCACAAGACUCGGUUCGUGUCGCCGGUCUGGUUCUCGACUUUUUCUGCGUCAGCGUCUUCGACAUAGCUCGCGAGGUAAACCUCCCCUCCUAUAUUUUCUUGACGUCCAACUUCGGUUUCUUGGGUUUUAUGCAGCACCUCCCUAAACGACACCGUGUUACGCCGUCCGAGUUCGCCGAUGACUCGCGCGAAGACGAGUUACUGAUUCCGAGUUUCGAGAAUCGAGUUCCGGCUAAGGUUCUUCCCGCCGGUGUCUUCGACAGACGCUCCUACGAAGCUCUUGUCGAGCUCGGAGAGAAGUUCCCCGGAGCCAAGGGUAUUUUGGUUAAUUCAUUCUCCGAGCUCGAGCCACAUGCGGUGGAGUACUUUUCUCGUGGACGAGAUUACCCUCCUGUGUAUCCUAUUGGGCCGAUCCUCAACAUCAAAAAUCGUCCGAAUCCGGGUCUAACGACGGCCCAACACGAAGAGAUAAUGAGAUGGCUUGAUGAUCAACCGGAAUCCUCGGUUCUGUUCCUCUGCUUCGGGAGUAUGGGAGUGUUCGGUACACCGCAGAUCAGGGAGAUAGCCCACGCGCUUGAACUGAGCGGGUUCAGGUUCAUAUGGGCGAUCCGUACACACUUGACGGAAAGCAGCGAUCCCCACGAGGCGUUGCCGGAGGGCUUCAUGGGCCGAGGGAUUGUAUGCAGUUGGGCCCCACAGGUUGAGAUUUUAGCCCACAAGGCGACGGGAGGGUUUGUGUCCCACUGCGGGUGGAAUUCCAUACAGGAGAGCCUAUGGUACGGUGUUCCCAUCGCCACGUGGCCGAUGUACGCGGAGCAACAGCUGAACGCGUUCGAGAUGGUGAGGGAGCUGGGCCUGGCCGUGGAGAUAAGGCUUGAUUACGUGGCAGACGGUGAUAGGGUGUCGCCGGAUAUGGUCACCGCCGAUGAGAUCGUGAGAGCCGUCCGAUCUUUGAUGGACGGUGAUAACCCUGUGAGGAAGAAAGUCGGUGAGAUUUCGAAGGCGGCGAGAAGAGCUGUAUCGGACGGUGGAUCUUCGUCGGCUGCGACCGGUGAUUUUAUCCGGGACAUACUGGGCGACGGACUCUGAAUAAUAAUAUAACGAUUUGGCUUUUUUUUAAUCUUGAUAAAUUAAUAUAUGCUGUCUUUUUUACCUUAAUAUAAUGUAAAGUUGAGAUUUCCAUCGAAUAAUUUCGGGACACUUUUGUAAUUUACGCAGUUAUAAAUCACAUCAAACGUUGUCUUGUUCA